CAGACAGAAAAAGCGAGUGAGAGAGAAAAAGCGAGCGAGAGAAAAAGCGAGCGAGAGAGAAAAAGCGAGCGAGAGAGACAGAAGAAGCGAGCGAGACAGAGGAAGCGAGCGAGAAAAAAGCGAGCGAGAAAAAGCGAGACAGAGCAAGAAAAAAAGCGAGCAAGAGAGACAGAAAAAGCGACCGAGAGA